ACGUCAGUUACAACAAGCACUGCAAUUGCAAUAUAUCUCGGUCACUGCUUUUGUGACACACGGCAGAGAAAGAGAUUGAUACGCAAUAUGUGGCCAUUCAGCAAGAAAGGUGUUUCUGGUUUUUCAUGGAACUCAACUGCUGAACAAGUCACACAUGGAAUCGAUGCUACUGGUCUCACUGCCAUUGUUACUGGAGCAUCCAGCGGCAUUGGCGCUGAGACUGCUCGUGUCCUUGCUUUGCGCGGUGUGCAUGUGAUUAUGGGUGUGAGAAACUUGGUUGCUGCUAAAGAUGUCAAAGAUACAAUACUCAAGGACAUUCCCUCAGCCAAACUUGAUGCCAUGGAGUUAGAUCUCAGCUCAUUGGACUCUGUCAAGAAAUUUGCAUCUGAGUAUAAUUCUUCUGGUCGUCCACUGAACAUCUUGAUAAAUAAUGCAGGAGUUAUGGCAUGCCCUUUCAAGUUGUCCAAAGACAACAUUGAACUGCAGUUUGCCACCAAUCACAUAGGUCAUUUUCUCUUGACAAAUCUUUUGUUGGAUACUAUGAAGAAAACAACACGCAAAAGUAAGAAAGAAGGAAGAAUUGUUAAUGUCGCCUCAGAGGCUCAUAGGUUCGCAUAUUCUGAAGGAAUCCGUUUUGAUAAAAUCAAUGACGAAUCAAGUUACAGCAGAUGGGGUGCAUAUGGACAGUCAAAACUUGCUAACAUAUUACAUGCCAACCAACUUACAAAGCAUCUCAAGGAAGAUGGAGUGGAUAUUACUUCAAAUUCUCUUCAUCCAGGAACAAUUGUCACCAAUCUUUUCCGACAUAACAGUGCAGUGAACGGUCUAAUAAAUGUGGUUGGGAGACUUGUGAUGAAAAAUGUCCAGCAGGGAGCAGCAACAACAUGCUAUGUAGCAUUGCACCCACAAGUGAAGGGAGUUAGUGGUGAAUAUUUUUCAGACAGUAAUGUGUACAAAACAACCCCACAUGGGAGGGACGCUGAUUUGGCAAAGAAACUCUGGGAUUUCAGCAUCAAUUUGGUUAAGCAGAAAUAGAAUAACCAAGUGUUACUCGUCAAUGUUACACACUCUAUGAAAUGCAUCAAUAAUAUGACUGUCACAAAUGAAAUGCAACUAUAGAAUGACUCAUUGUCACAUUUAUCUAUCUAUUCUAAGAAAAAUCUUUGAUAAUGACAUAUGGUAGAAUUUUAUACCUCUAUUUUCUGUCA